CGAAAACAAGCAUCGUGUGCCGCUGGUUUAAGUUCAGCUAAAAAGAACAGAUCAAAUGCUUAGUAUUGAUACACGGUUUCCGAUAAGUUGAAAAUCUAUCGCUUAUCGUUAUUCUCUGUUCUUAUCUCGUCUGUGAUUUAUCAGUUUGUGCAUAGAUAUUUAUCAGGCUUCUAUGGCCAUCUAUUGAAGAAAGGAAGGAAAAAAAGAGAGAAAGAAGAAGGUUACGAUCAACAGACAACGUAAUUAUUUUGAACGUAAUUAUUCAGGACAAAUAAUAUUUUACGCAUUAUAUCAUGAAAUUUUACAAGAAUCCCAAGUGUACGCCAUUGGAAAAUCUGACAUUAAAUAUUAAAAAUGAUGGAGUGGUUCUUGUAGUAGAAGCAUUGAGUGCAAAAUGGGCAGAAAAGCGUUAUUUUUUACGUUAUGAAGCACCAGAACUGUAUAAAGAAGAUGGUUCUGAAAUUAUGGGUUAUAAAGAAUAUUGGAUAGAACUUGUCAAUUAUAUUAUUGAAGAUUUAAUCUGGCUGCUCAAGCUUCCAUUUUAUCGAUUCUGGUCUAAUAUUAUAUACAAUACCUCAAUCAUAGAUACAUUAGUGUCUUUUUUACAAGAGGCCCCGCCCUUUUAUGCAUUAGAAACUUUUCCUGCCAUACCAGAAAUGCUUGAAGCACUAGAGAAACUUUAUUACAAUGUGCUUAUGAUCUUUAUCCGUCUUGUCACAAACGAAGAAAGUUUAACAGAACACAUGCAACAUUCUUAUCUGGGAAAUUUAUUAUAUAACAAUUACAUAUUUACAGUACCUAUUAUAUUUGAUUUAUGCCAAUUAUAUGGUAGAGAAAAUGACAAACUUAUAGAGAAAAUCUUACAUAGCAUAUUCAGUAUGCAGCCAUUGUAUAACGAUGAUCUUGAAAAAUCUGUGCCGUGUCUUAUAAAGGCUCUUAAAAAUGUGGAACAAAAAUUUGAAGAUUGUCCAAUGGACACAACUGAAGCAGUAGCACUUUCAGAAAGAGGGCAUUCUACUGAGAUGACAUUAUAUAAAUUAGAAGGUUUAAUACUUUAUGUUUUGGAUUUAUAUCCUCCAGUAAUUGGUAUAUUUCAUACGGAAGAUUUUAUGAACAAAAUACUUUCCAUGUAUGGGAAUACAAUAUCUCAAAUGUAUAGAACAUUAGACAAGUUAGGAUAUAAUGACGAAUGUAUGCCGAAAUAUAUUGAACUAAAACAUCGUCUGGAUGUAACCAGGAUGGAAAUAUUGAAUCUUUAUCGAACUAUUGUUUAUGAACCUAUAUCGAAUAUCCAAAAAAAAAUGAACGCUAUAACAGAAGAUGAAGUCAGAAAUUGUAUAGAUCAAUAUCUAAAUUCAUUGAUGAGUGCUAUAUCUGAAAAAGAAUUCAUUAAGGAUUAUCAUAAGUUGCAUCCAAUUGAACAUGAUCUUAAGGUUAUAUCAAAACUGUAUCCUGAUGUUGAUACAAUAAAUAGCGACUAUAUUUUAAAUUUGCUGCAUGCAUCAAUCGGAGACACUAAGAUACCAACUAAUGUAUCCUUCAAAGAUAUAAAUGCAGAUGUUGCUAGUGGCGUUCAAAAUAAUCAACGAAACGAACAUUGUAAUAAUGUAGACUAUAUAAACAAGAAGAUAGAAGGUAUUUCGAAUGAUUCUGACGAUUUGACGUCUCUUAUUUUAAAAGUAAAAGAAAUCUUAUGUGGUUAUAAUGAAGAUUUCAUACAGAUGUGUUUAAAACAUUAUAGUUAUAACGUUGCAUCUGUGAUAAAUGCUGUUCUAGAAAACACUUUACCACCUAAUUUGAAAAAAUUAAAUGAAACAUUACUAUGCGUACCACCAGAUCCAAUGAAAUCACCAGUUGCUAUAAAUUCCGCUACAGAUGUUCGAAGAUUAAAUAUUUUCGAUAACGAUGAAUUUGAUGUUCCAGCUCUACCGAAAACUUAUAAAGGAAAAAAAAAAAAAAAAUACAAGGAUGCAAAUGAAAUGUUGAACGAUAAAUCUGAAAUUGACAAAUCCAUUUAUCAGAAAUAUAAUAUUAUAGAUGAUUACGAUGAUGAAUAUGAUGACACAUAUGAUAUCCAUAAUAUUCGAAAUAACGCAACAGAUUGCACAGAAAUAGAUUCUAGGGCUUUUCCUACUUCAACAAUUCUUAGCACAAGUGAUAAAUAUGAUACUAAUUCCGAAGACGAAAUAGGAGUUGAAAAUGAAAAGUUAAUACAAAACAUCGAUCAUUUUGUAUUAAACCCAAUGGAAUUGUGUGCUAAAACAGAACAACGGAAACAAUCAACAACAGGAUGUAAAUAUUCAUCUAAUGUAGUAGGGAAAUCUGGAAGUCAAGAGCAAGACAAAGAUGUUUCUACUUCUAAAGGACAUAAGAAAAAUACAUAUAAGAGUUCACAAGGCAAUCAUAAUCGUCGUACAGCUUCUCAAACGAAGAAGAAAUAAGGAAUGAUUCCAUCUUAG